GGGCGUUGUGUGUGAUGGAUGAAAAUCGAGACGGCUAAAGAGCAGAGUGCAGUUGGAGAAUCCUUCUAGAAUGGAUGUUGGAAAUGGGGCCAAAGUGAAAAGGUUUACUGUCGAUGCUGAAAAUGGGUGUAUUAGAAUGGUGCAGAGAAUUGGAUUACAUUGGGGCGGAAUAUUGGCAGUGAAUCACGGUGACAUCGAUUAAAGUGGGCCAUUUUGUGGCUGGGGGAAAUCCCCGUGAAAAAAGUGAAUCGAGGCGAAUUGGUGUGGAGAGGGAGAGAGGGGGAUGUUAGUUGUCGCCUGCGAGGGAUAGUAAGGAUUAGCUGUUGUCCUGUGGAGUGAGAAAAGCCUCAAUUGGGCCAUCGUACAGCUGAGGGGCGUAAGAAUCUGUCCACCAGGAGACCUUUUCCAAGGAUGGGGGCGUAAAGGAGUGGGUGGUAACAUGUGAGCAGGGAUUAUUACGCGGCUCGAGACGGCGAGUGAAUGCGUUUUAGUGUGGGUAUAAAGGUGUUCAUAUGAAGAUACAAAUGGUGAUAAAAUGGUGAUGAAGUUUUGAAAUCGAUGAAAAUUUCGGGAAAAUUAGGAUACAAGCGAAUGGAAGCUGUCAUUUUGGGGAUGAGAGUGAAUGAGCGAGAUGAGCCUCGUCGCUGAGACGUGAGUUUCUCCGGGAUGAGCCCAUCUCAACAACCAACAUUGUACUAUCGAUCGGAGCAAUGGAAUGCAGUGGCAAAAGUGCUUGUUUCGGCAGCGAAAAUUUCGUCUAAUUGAUAGAAAGUGCUGUAAAAUUUGUUAAAGUGAAUGUUAACUAAUGGUCCAAAGAGGUUUCAUUGCCUAGCAACACCGGAUUCAUCUAUUAGAUGAAUAGUUUUUCUGAAUUCAGACGGAGUAUAACUAGUGAAUUGAAUUUCUACUCUAUGAUUACGAGAGAUGGGUGUGUUUGACGCAUAAUUUUCCUACCAAAAUCUUUAGCCGCGAGGAAAUCUACCAGGAGCAGAAGAAUUUGUAGAACAAUACAUCAAAUAGUGCUAGAUUCUGAAUCCCCGUAGAAAUCAGUCAGUGUUAGUGUGUGAUUAUCGUUAUUUCCAUCUUUUCCUGUCGCCUUUUCCAACCAACUGUGAAACCAAAAAAAAAAAUACCAUCUUACAUUGCAUAAACAACAAUCAACCCUGUGUAGAAAAGGAUCUGUAAUAUCAAACAAGUCGACAGAAUCAUCUCAAAAUGGGAGCUAAAGGUAGCGUAGAAGCUGCUAAAAUGAACGCCGAUGGCUGGAGCCACUUCGAGCGUGGCAGCAGCCGUCACUACAGCCACCGGCACAACCAGCGAUCGCAGUCGCUGAACCGAGGCCAAGCACUAUCCCGGGCCGAUGCCAGUGUGAUGUGGUGACAGCAAGGAACCUCAGGAGGACAGGCUGGAUGCCCAA